CCAUUUCCCUAAACUUUACAUUUCCAGCAGCAGCAGCAGCAAGGGUUUAAAGAAGCGGAGGAAACCACCUCCUUCGAUCCGCACAAGGCCGCCAUGGUUUCUCACACCACGUGGUUGCGCUAUCUCGCCAGACGUUUUGAGUACUCACUCGCUCUCAGCUACAAGAGCUACGAACAUGGUAAAAUCACGAAUAGAGAAGUAGGAGACAAUUUUUGGAAAACUUUUUUCCAAGGAAAGUUGACAUUUUUGCAUUGGAACAAGGGAGAGGAAAUGGCUCCGACAAUAGCAGCGGAAGGGGGAACUCUUCUUGUCCGGAAACUACCAGCUGCAGAUCCCCAGCGUGUUUAUGUUGGGGAUGUGGUGGUGAUGAAGGACCCUGAAAAAUCAGACAAUUAUCUAGUAAGAAGAUUGGCUGCCAUUGAAGGCUAUGAAAUGGUUUCCAAAGAUGAAAAAGAUGAACCUUUUGUACUUGAAAAGGAUCAGUGCUGGGUGUUAGCUGACAAUGACAAGUUAAAGCCCAAGGAAGCUAAAGAUAGUCGAUUAUUCGGUCCUGUUUCCAUGGAUGACAUAAUCGGCAGAGUCUUGUAUUGCUUGAGAACAGCCGUCGAUCACGGUCCCAUUCAGAACAGUCAAUUCAGCAUGCAAAAGGACUUGCCCGUAUUGGAAGUGGAAUUGGAUGUUGACGAAAUGGCCAAAAACCACAAAGCUUAGAAAGUAUUUGCAACAAAGAAACUCCUUUCAAAUAUGUUUGUAUGUACUCUGUUUCCACCAGAUUUGAAUAUGUUCUUCUGAAGAACCAAGAGUCAAUAAUUAAAGUUCGGAUUUUUUUCUUUCAAUUCUUGUGAUCUUCAAGUCAAGAGAAACAUAUUUGGAGGCCUAAUGGUGUGUUCUUAUCGUGUUCUUUUAUACUUUCCAACUUCGGUCCAGUUUGCUGAUAAGGGUUUCGUUUGAGCAGUUGAUAAUCUCAUAAUCUUGCUUGGAUUUC